UCAGUUCAAGAACUUCAACCAAUCAAACAUCCUCAAGGCGGGAUAUUUAAAAUCAGCUGGCCACGAUAGCGUCAGGUCUCGAGCAACCACACAAGAGAGAAGGCAAUAAAUCUGAGGAAUAUCCUUUCACCACUGCUUGUGUUACUGUUGGACAUCACUCCACAUAUCGAUAACCAAAGAUGCCAUCUCAGGAAAACAGACUGAAGUCUUUCAAGAACAAGGGUCGUGAUUCUUCGGAGUUGCGCAGGAGAAGGAAUGAGACAAGCGUGGAGCUUCGCAAGGCCAAGAAGGAUGAGUCGAUGCUGAAACGCAGGAAUGUGGCCGUUCUUGAGGAUGCCACAAGUCCACUCAAGGAGUCCAACUCUCAGGGUCCCAGCUUUAUGACUGUAGAUGAGAUUAUCCAGGGCAUCAACUCCAACAGCGGCCAGGACCAGCUGCUGGCCGUGCAGGGCGCCAGGAAAAUCCUGUCCCGCGAACGCAACCCUCCCAUUGGUCACAUCAUCAAGGCCAACGUCAUCCCCAAGUUUGUGGAGUUCCUCUCUCAUGAAGACAAUCCUUCCAUCCAGUUUGAGGCAGCCUGGGCCCUGACCAACAUUGCCUCAGGCACGUCAGAGCAGACCCGUGCUGUGGUGGAGGGGGGUGGUGUGCCUGCCUUCAUCAGCCUGCUGUCCUCACAGCACAAAAAUGUGGCCGAGCAGGCAGUCUGGGCACUGGGCAAUAUUGCAGGAGAUGGAGCGGAGUUCCGAGACUUCGUGAUCCGCUCGGGCGUGGUGCAGCCUCUCCUGGCGCUCAUCAACCCAGGCACGGCCGUCGCCUUCCUGCGUAACCUGACCUGGACGCUGUCCAACCUGUGUCGGAACAAGAACCCCCCUCCCCCCAUCGACACUGUCCAGAUGAUCCUGCCGUGCCUGGCCACGCUCAUCAACCACGAUGACCGCGAGGUGCUGGCCGACACGUGCUGGGCCAUCUCGUACUUGUCUGACGGGGACAACAGUCGCAUCCAGCUUGUGGUGGAUUCUGGUGUGGUGGCCAGGCUGGUGCUGCUGCUGGGCUGUGGGGAGUUGUCUGUACAGACUCCCUGUCUCCGCGCUGUGGGAAACAUCGUCACAGGGAACGACAUUCAAACUCAGGCUGUGCUGGACCAGGGUGCCCUGGCCUGUUUCCCUGCCCUGCUGCGUCAUCAGAAGAACAACAUCCAGAAGGAGUCGGCCUGGACCAUCUCCAACAUCACGGCAGGAAACACCACCCAGAUCCAGUCUGUCAUCGAUGCUGGGCUCAUCCCUCCUCUCCUGGAGGUGCUGCAUAAGGGGGAUUACAAGAGUCAGAAGGAAGCUGUGUGGGCCAUCACAAACUUCACAUCAGGUGGAUCUGUGGAGCAGAUAGUCCAGUUGGUGAACGCCGGUGUGAUCAAGCCGCUGUGUGACAUGCUGGUCGUCAGGGAGUCCAAGAUUGUCCUGGUCAUCCUGGAUGCUAUAGGAAACAUCUUCACCGCUGCUGAGAAGCUGGGCCAGCAGCAUGUGGAGCAGAUCUGUGUGUGGGUGGAGGAGUACGGAGGCAUCGACAAGAUAGAGACCCUCCAGAACCACGAGAACGAGUCUGUCUACCAGAGCGCCUUACAGCUCAUCGAAAAGUACUUCUCAGGAGAGGGAGAAGAAGUUGAGAACUUGGCUCCCGAGAGCACGGCAGAAGGCUACAACUUCACCCAGGCAGCUGCCCAGGUGCCACAGGGAGGAUUCUCCUUCUGAUCCACCUGUACAGCAAGGUGUUCCAUGGACCAAAGACACAAACAUGCCAAAACUAUACAACGUUUGUGUAAAGAACCACUCUCCUCCUUGUAGCACAGUUUAAAGUCAGCAAGAAAGGAAUCACGAUUGUCCAUAUAUGAUGGAACAAGGAUGGAAAAUUUGUUAACAUGUGGAAAGAUACUGGAUAUUUGAAACCUACAAGGAGUUUUUACACAAAUGAUAUACAUACUUCACAAUGAAAUAACUUCUCUACAUUCCUCAGAAGCAAUCUAUUUUUGCAUAAAUGUUACGUCUGAACAUACUGUACUGUACAUACAUGUAUUUCAUUGUAUUGUCAGAAGUCUCUAACUGUGUUGGUGCUCAAUCUAUCUGUACUGACUGUCCAUAUUUCAAUCUAUGUGAAUGUGAAAACUUCUUGAAUCAUAGUAAACAUGACUGAGUGACUAGAUAGAGACAUAGUAUAUUAGCCAGAAAAUCCUUAGUGUUUCUUGAAAAGAGCACUUACUUAUGAACUAUCCAUUAAACACUAUGUACAUCAA